AGCCUCUGUUAGCUCAGCCUCUUUCGAUAUAACCGGGAACUAAGGCUUCUCUUCUGGCUGCUGCUCAAGGGCAGGAUCAAAACGCGCUGAUGUUUACCUUCUUAAAUCUGCUGUUGUUUUGAUGGUGUUUAUGUUUUCGGUGCAGAGCAUGGAGAAUGAUGAACUUCCGCCAGAGGAUGGGCUGGAUUGGCGUGGGGCUGUACUUGUUAGCAAGUGCUGCAGCAUUUUAUUACGUCUUUGAAAUCAAUGAAACUUACAACAAACUAGCACUGGAGCACAUUCAGCAACAUCCCAAGGAGCCACAGGAAGGAACCACAUGGACACACUCCUUAAAAGUACGACUGCUAUCCCUGCCCUUCUGGCUGUGGACGAUAAUAUUUUUAAUACCGUACUUACAGAUGUUCUUGUUCCUCUAUUCCUGUACAAGAGCUGACCCCAAAACUGUUGGGUAUUGCAUCAUUCCUAUCUGCUUGGCUGUUAUUUGCAAUCGUCACCAAACAUUUGUGAAGGCCUCUAAUCAGAUCAGUAGGUUACAACUAAUUGACACUUAGCCCGACUGCUAGUUUCUGUUGCUGAUUUGAAGCAAUUGCAUAUGCUUGAUCUAAUCACAAGACUGAAGUUCUGAGUGAAGGCCGGAAAGAGCCUUUUCUUUCAAACUGAUAAGCAAUGAAGAGAAUGACUGUUUUCUAUUUAAAACAAACAAGUCAUUACAAAGGUUUUUAAUUAUGGUUCUUUCGAGUGGCCAGAGUGGGAGAGACCUGCGUGACAUGUGAUGGAAGUAUUCAUCAUUUUGCCUUAAUGAUGCAAAAGUGCAACUCUCCAUCUGAAAUGUCCUGUGGGGAAACAAGUUUCUGGUCCACAACUUUACUCCUCUGUGCAGAAAAGUGAUUUCCUAUGUUUUCCCUUGGAGUGAAAUCAAUGAAAAAAUACUUAAUUUGUGGAAAAUGUAAAAGAAAAAAAGAAAUUAAGAAUGUGAUUAUAAAAGCUGCACUUAACACAA